AUGGCGGCCAUAGCUGUGAUGAGUAUGAUGUUGGAGGAAGAGGAGGAAUUCGAAGAAGAGGAGGAAUUAAUCACAACCACAGCAGUUGCCAUCAGUGCAAAUCAAACUGCCAGGGGACGGAGAUGGUGGAUGCACUCUUUAAAUGAGCAGAGGUCUCUGGAAGGAGUCUGCAAUCGUCUGAUGAAAGAAUUAGAAAUGGACAACGAACGAUUCAAGAAUUACUUCCGACUUUCAAAAGAGCAAUUCUAUGUACUACUGUGCAAAAUUGACCAUGCCUUGACCAAAGAAACGACACGAUUGCGACAUCCUAUUUCAUCGCGUGAAAGGUUAGCUGUCACGUUAAGGUAUUUGGCUACAGGAGAUUCAUUUGUGUCCCUGUCCUAUGCCUACAGAAUUGCAGACUGUACGAUCGGGGCUAUAGUAAAUGAUGUAUGCACUGCCAUAUGGGAAGCACUGCAGCCAGAGGCUAUGAAAGCUCCUGCCACAGCUGAGGAUUGGAAACAGAUUGCUGAAGACUUUGAAAGCAUAUGGCAAUUUCCGAAUUGUUGUGGGGCGAUUGAUGGAAAACACAUUGUUCUAAAGGCCCCACCUAUGUCGGCCGCGGUUUAUUACAAUUACAAAGGUACCUUUUCUAUUGUGCUACUGGCUGUGGUUGAUGCCAACUACAGGGUUUUGAUCAUUGAUGUGGGGUCAUGUGGUAUGAACAAUGAUUCAGGAGUGUUUCGGAACUCAAGGUUUGGUCAAGCUUUGCGAAACGGCACAUUGCCCCUUCCAGCAGAUAGAUCACUCCCAGGAGCAGAAGUGUUAGGACCUCUCCCAUACGUAUUCGUCGCAGACGAAGGUAUGGAAGGCGUGGUAGCCAAGAGGCAGGAUUAG